AUGAAGCUAUGCCGUGGGGUGUUGCUGGUUCUGGACACACAGGCGACACCAUUUACGCUGGAAGUUGUAUUGUGCAGGAUUGCGAGCUUUGUCUCAAGCUACCCUCCAGGAGUGGGGGUGGCCCCCAGCGCCUAUGGCGCCCGAAAGCUGCCUCCAGCCACUCACCUCGGUGGGCCCAGGCUGUGGCAGCGUUACAAUUGCCCAACAACAACAACGGCGACACCAUUUACGAGGAUUUGGUGUUGCUUUGAGGAGUCGAUUGCAGCCUGGCGCUCAGUGGAGGAACGGGACACCAACUCUUUGCUACUUGAUGUUGCUGCCACAGAUCUUUGCCAUAUUGCCCAUGUCAUCACUGAUGGCUUAGUCGGUGCUGAGACCCGGGUUCUCCCCAUCUUGGGCUUGCUCUGCAAGUCACGCCGUGAGCAAUCCUUUCCAAUGGAUUUGCUUCAGAAAGGCCUCAGCGUUGACAUUGCUACAGCACAAGCAUCCAAAGAAGAGGACAAGACACGGAUUUUGAACUCCGUGCGAUGUCCGCGAGCCAGGACAUGGGCGUUGGACACGCCUUUUCCAACGCAGCACCCCCGCUAUGAUGCCGUCAACAAAGCUUUAGCCUCCCACUUUGCACUGACCAGCAUCCAGCAGUCAUAUCGGAACGGACAACAAGCCCCAUCAACCCUGUGGCAAGCACUACGGUCAGAUGCAGAAAGAAGGAACAUCCAAGUGUCACUGACAGGUUGCCACAAUUUCCGAGACCCGGACUUGCGGAUUCUCAUCGACAACCUGCCAUCCAAACUGCAAAGUUUACGGCUCGAUCUUGCCUACACUGGUUUGGAGCGUUUGGAUGAUCUAGCGGGUGCUUCCUUCGGAAACGCCCUUCAGACCCUAGUGAUUCGCUUCGCAGGAUCUUUAAGAAGCAUUUCUGGUUUGUCUGCUUUGCUUUGCCCUUCCUUGAGACGUUUGGAGCUGUGGCUGUCAGACCUUCCAGACUUAGAGGACAUCGAGUUGGGCGUCAGCAACAAGGCAUUGUUGAAGCUUCGUUUGGAGGAGCUUGUCUUGUAUGUGAACGGCUGUCCCAGCGUACCGCGCGAAUCCAAGACAGCAUUGAAGCUUGGUGUGGUUUAG